UAACAAAUUUACAAAGAAACGACGAAGACAUGGCUACCAAUAAACCUAUACAAACAAGCACUUCUACAAAAACCACAGAUGGAAGUGACUCCAGAAAGAAGAAAUGUUUUACAUUCACGGUGAAUAAUCAGCUGCGCGAACCAUUUUUCAACAACAGCGUUACCAUGGAAAUUGAAAAUGAGAAGAGUCCCCUGAUUGAGUAUAUGGAAAAGGCAGUAAAUGAACAGAAUGGACUUAUGACUAAAUUUACAGUGACAUACUUCUCUGGUAAGGGAUAUUUUGUUGACGCAAUCAAUGAGGCAAGAGCAACAUAUUCGGUUGAUAAAUCAUUCUGGCAGAUAAGAUCUGAGUUAGUUCCAACAAAACAGGGUAUAAGUUCUUUCAUACCAGAAAACGGAACAGAGGUUGUGUUGGACCUCAUAACCGGCAGUUGUGAUGAAAAGAAACGUUUUACAUUCACCGUGAAGAAUCAGCUGCGCGCACCAUUUUUCAACAACAGCGUGACAAUGGAAAUCGAAGAUGAGAACACUCCCCUGAUUAGGUACAUGGAAAAGGCAGUUGCUGAACAGAAUGGACUUAUGGAAAAAUUUACGACAUACGUCUCUGAUUUUGAACAGAAAAUCGAAGCGAUAAAUGAUGCUAUAGCAACACCUUUAGUUGAUAAUUCAUCCUGGAAGAUGAGAACUCAGUUAGGACCAGUGCAAACGGGUAUAAGUUCUUUCAAACCAGAAGACGGGAUGAAUGUUAUCCUGGAACUCGAUGAUAACUGAGAUAAAUUCUGCUAUGUUAUUAUGUAUUGCAAUGUAUUGCAUUGCACAACACAUACUGCAUUGUUGUUUAUCGUUUUUGUAUUGUAUUGUGUGUUAUAUUGUAUUGUUUUGCAUUUACUUUUGUAAUGAAAUUAUUGAUAAUCAGACCGAACUAAGAAAUCAUAUCGACUUAAUCAAAGAAACCCACGAUCCCUUUGCCUUCACGGCAAACUUAAUUACAGUAUUAGAAAUGAAUUGAAUUGCAACUAUAAACCGGACAUUUUAACAAGAAAAACAUCUUUUAAUUCUUAAAUAAUUUACAAUAGGACAAGGCACAGUUAAAUUUAGAUAAAAUACUACGAAUGUUCUAACAAGUUUAUAUUAUGGAGUUUCACAAUUACAUACAUGUAUAUGAUAUAAACUGCUAUACAUGGAUUGAUAAAGUCUUCUGUGUACAAAUGCUAUAUUCUGUAUGUAAAAAUACUUUAUACAGUGUAUCAGUUUUGUAAAGGCAUUUCUUGAGACGACCUAUUGAUACGUGUGUAAUAAGAAGUAUAAGGCACAUUCAAAUUCAUUACUUUUUUAGUGUUUCAUUUUAAGUGUCACUAAAACGCCUAAUAACUUGAAAUUGGAAAACUGAAACAGUAUCAAUAGAAGAAAAUUUGCAUGUGAUGAUAAAAAAACUCCUCAAAAUUUAAUUAAAAAUUAGUGCAAUUUUCAGCCCACUUUUAUUCAAAAUCGUUAAAAAGCUAUUUUUGUUUGUGUUAUUUUGGACAAUAAAAAUGAUUAUUCUGGGAAAAAA